AUUAGUGAAGUUGUGGGUGAAGUCGACGUGGUGAGGAGGUGGAGCGUACUUACCGCUGUGCCGAUCUCUCGCCAUGGAUGAUUACCCGAUGUUUGCUCUCCUUUUCAUGUCCAUCAUAUGGCGGCCCCUCCUACAGUUCAUUUUUCCGCUGGGUUUCCACCGGACCAUUAGGAUGACCGUGGUCACAAAGUCCGAUAGAGUCACUGAGCCAUACACAGCGGAGGAAAAGACAGAGAUAAACCGGCGGUUGAAAGAGAAAAAGGAGGAGAAAACAAAUAAGAGAGAGGAAGAGUUGAGAAAGAAGAUGGAGAUGGAGAGGAAGAAGUUGGAGGAAGAAAUGGCGAAACAGCUGGAGGAGAAGAUGCUGAGGCAGCUGGAGGAGGACAGGAAAAAGAGUGAAGAAAAAGAGAAAAAGGUGGAGUUGCAAGUGCACGAUGGGGAGGAAGACAUGGUGGAGUAUGUGCUACCCAAGGAAGAGGAAGCAGGGGAGUGCAGUUAUGAGACCACCCUAAGUUUUGAUCAGGACAUUCCUGAAGUUUGGGUGACACAGUUUGAUUACGGUGUAGAGCGGCCUGAGGAUGAGACUGCAGAAGAGGUUGUUGCAUCAAAGAUUCUAGAGACUGCUACGGCGAAGGAGAGAGAAUAUUUGAUAAUAGAGAGAGAAGCCAAAAUACAGCUUAGACUGGCGGCGCAGAAGACAAAGGAAUGUGAAGCGGCGAAGAGGCUGCUAGAGGAAGGAGAAGCCCUACGCAGGAGGAUGCAAGCGCAGAAGGAGAAACCGAAAGAUGUUGAGUCUAGGCUGGACCUCCUCACCGACGUUGUGAUGCAUUCCACCCAGGAAACCGCUGCGCUUCGUAAGGCUGUGGAAAAGAUAGAAACCCGUCAAGAAGAUCAGCGGGACUGCGAUCGUGAUAUGGUAGCAUACUCGCAGAGGACGGCUCUCAAAACCUUCUUAGAUGCUAUCUGCAACCGAUUUGAGGAUAAGACCAGGGCCAUGAAGACCGCAGAGAGGCUGAACAACAUUCACCUUAGGAAGUGGAAGAGUGUGUCAUCCUUGAAGGCCACAAUGGAUGAACUGUUGCAGACCGCGGAUCAUGGACUGACCCCCGAACAAAUUCUGAACAACUUCGCGAGAACCCUCCCUGAUUCCAUCAAGAGCAACCUCUAUGCUAAGAUCAAAGAGGACAGCGUGACUUACGACAAGUUCAGUAAGUUAGCAGUGGAGCAGGCUGGGUACCUCCAAGAAGCAAAUUGCCAUUGGUACAAGGACUUGGAGAAGGGAAAGGCUUGGAAAGGUAAGACCAUUGCAGGGAGUAUUACGGGCAAGGACAACCUAGUGGUAAUGUUUGAAGAAGGAGGUUGUGAGGCCCUCACUUAUGAUCAGAUAGAAUAUGGGUUAGAUGGGGACAGAUGUGGAGUCCAGGGAGGUGACUGCGCUGCUGUAGUCCGUGGGGGAGGACGCCGAGGAAAAGGCGGCCGAGGUAGAGGAGGCCGUGGUUGGGAGGAAAAGGACGUGGCUAUCAGGGGCAGUGCAACAAUGGAUGUUGUGCAGAGGGAGGUAGGGGUUAUGGACCCCCACAUGGUAACACCGGCCAUGCCCCCCAACAACAAGGCAGGGGUAAAGGACAUUACACCCUUGCCAACAAUGGCAAUUCGGGCGGAAGAGGAACGACACCACGGACAGCCAUUGUUACCUAGGCGACCAGACCUUUACGACACAGAUUACAGAGCAGGGCUAGGUGACGCUGCAGUCCAAUCGGUUCACCAACCAAAGCGACCAACAAUCAGGCUCUACCAUGAAGAAACUGGAAAAAGGAUUCAUCCCGGACAUACUUCUAAAGGACCGUUAGUGGACUCGUGCAACCUGCCUCAUCUGAAGACAAGACUGCGGCUGCCGUUAUGAUCAGGCUGCCAACGUCCCACAAUUUUCCAUCUUGACAGCAAUUGAAAGGCCGCAGAACAUUCAAUGUGCAGGGAAUUAGAAAAGACUCAGUAUCUACGAUGAUCAACCCAUGACGGACAUUUAAUUUCCAACUUUCAUUCUCGAGACUCAUCACGACCUGCUAAAUUUUGAAUCAAGCAUUCACCCGUUG